AUGACUGUAUUGGUCUCUGACUGCAGUGUGAUCGUCCAUCUGUCACUCUCCCCCAACAGCUCCCCCCCAACAGCUAUAUUGCCUCCCCCCCAACAGCUCUUCAGCGUGUAUCUGCUGGGAGGUUACAGCUCUUCCCACCAACAUCUGCUGGUAUGCUCUUCCCCCACCAACAGCUCUGCUGUCCGUAGGAAAGGCGUCCGUGGGAAAGGCGUCCGUGGGAAAGGCGUCCAUGGGAAAGGCGUCCGUAGGAAAGGGAAAGGCGUCCGUAGGAAAGGCGUCCGUAGGAAAGGCGUCCAUAGGAAAGGCAUCCGUAGGAAAGUCGUCCAUAGGACAGGGAAAGGCGUCAGUAGGAAAGGCGUCCGUAGGAAAGGCAUCCGUAGGAAAGUCGUCCAUAGGAAAGGGAAAGGCGUCAGUAGGAAAGGCAUCCGUAGGAAAGGGAAAGGCGUCCGUAGGAAAGGUGUCCGUAGGAAAGGAAAGGCAUCCGUAGGAAAGGCGUCCGUAGGGAAAGGGAAAGGCGUCCGUAGGAAAGGCGUCCGUAGGAAAGGCGUCCGUAGGAAAGGCAUCAGUAGGAAAGGCGUCCAUAGGAAAGGGAAAGGCAUCAGUAGUAAAGGGAAAGGCGUCAGUAGGAAAGGGAAAGGCGUCAGUAGGAAAGGGAAAGGCGUCCGUAGGAAAGGCGUCCGUAGGAAAGGGAAAGGCGUCCGUAGGAAAGGCGUCCGUAGGAAAGGUGUCCGUAGGAAAGGGAAAGGCAUCCGAAAGGCGUCCGUAGGAAAGGCGUCCGUAGGAAAGGCGUCCGUAGGAAAGGUGUCCGUAGGAAAGGCUUCCGUAAGAAAGGCGUCCGUAGGAAAGGGAAAGGCGUCCGUAGGAAAGGGAAAGGCGUCCGUAGGAAAGGCGUCCGUAGGUAAGGAGCCCGUAGGAAAGGGAAAGGCAUCCGUAGGAAAGGGAAAGGCGUCCGUAGGAAAGGGAAAGGCGUCCGUAGGAAAGGGAAAGGCGUCCGUAGGAAAGGGAAAGGCGUCCGUAGGAAAGGCAUCCGUAGGAAAGGCGUCCAUAGGAAAGGGAAAGGCGUCAGUAGGAAAGGCGUCCAUGGGAAAGGCGUACGUAGGAAAGGGAAAGGCGUCCGUAGGAAAGGGAAAGGCGUCCGUAGGAAAGGCGUCCAUGGAAAAGGCGUCCGUAGGAAAGGGAAAUGCGUCCGUAGGAAAGGGAAAGGCGUCCGUAGGAAAGGCGUCCGUAGGAAAGGGAAAGGCGUCCGUAGGAAGGCGCGUAGGAAAGGUGUCCGUAGGAAAGGGAAAGGUGUCCGUAGGAAAGGGAAAGGUGUCCGUAGGAAAGGGAAAGGAGUCCGUAGGAAAGGCGUCCGUAGGAAAGGCAUCAGUAGGAACGGCGUCCAUAGGAAAGGGAAAGGCGUCAGUAGGAAAGGCGUCCGUAGGAAAGGGAAAGGCGUCAGUAGAAAAGGCGUCCGUAGGAAAUGCGUCCCGCAAUGGUACUGUUUUAUGGUGUACCUGCUGUACCAGUGUCUUCAAGUCGGUGACCAGUCGCUUCAUUAAGAACCUGGCGUGCUCAGGGAUCUGUGCGGGUCUGGUGUGUGUUCCCUUUGACGUGGCUCUCGGGGCCAGCCCUCGCUGCUGCUGGUGGCUACACACUCUGCUGCUCUGCAAGGCCCUGAAGUUCCUCCACAAACUCUUCUGUUCCGUCACCGUGCUCAGCUUCGCUGCCAUCGCCCUCUCUAGGUACUACUCUGUCCUCUACCCUCUGGAGAGGAAGAUCUCAGACGCCAGGUCACGUGACCUUGUCAUCUACAUCUGGAUCCACGCCACCAUCGCCAGCGUGCCCGUGUUCGCCUUAACCAACGUUACGGACGUGUAUGCAACAUCGUCCUGUUCCGACGCCCGCGCCCGCUCCCUGGGUCACAUGGUCUACGUGUUGACCUACAACGUAACCACGGUGAUCCUUCCGCUCGUUGUCGUUUUCCUGUUAAUGGUCCUGAUUCGCAGAGCUCUCAACGCCAGCCAGAAGAAGAAGGUGAUCAUCGCAGCAUUAAGAACACCUCAGAACUCCAUCUCCAUCCCUUAUGUCUCUCAACGCGAGGCUGAGCUACAUGCUACGUUACUGGCUGUGGUGUUUGCCUUCUCAGCCUGUAGCGCCCCCUAUGGGGCGUUGGUGGUAUACCGCACUCUUCUCGGAGACGGGGAGGACUUGUCCCCUUCUCUCCAUCUCACGGCCAUCUGGCUGCCCAAGGUGUCUCUCCUCACCAACCCUCUGCUGUUUCUGACGGUGAACGGCUCGGCUCGACGCUGCCUGUUUGAUGUUCUAGUCCGGGUACACAGGCGCUACAGCCGGCGUAACGUGGUCAGCACUGGGGAUCUGGGGCUGAGGGGCGAGGCAGGGUUGGGAGGGUCUGGGACCCUGGAGGGGUCUGCUCGCGCUGGGAGCCAGCUCCUGGAGAUGUUUAAUAUCGGACAGCAGCAGAUCUUUAGGCCGACCGAUGAAGAGGAGGAGGAGGUGGAGAAUGAGAGCCCUUCAUUAGGGUCAGGGGUGGGGGCUGUCCUCAUCCCAACGAGAACCACCACCAGGCAGGGGAGGAGGGGAGGAGGGAGACAUGGAGGGAAGGUGGUUCUACAGAAAGAGACCGAACCAACCAGAGAGAGCGUCCCGGUAACUAAAGAACAACCUCCUCUCAUAUUGCCCGAGGUCUCACCUGUCCGUGCCUGUGCUUACACCUCCUCGUCACAGGUGGCGCCAGCAACCCCCACGGAGCCCGAGGACACCACCCAGUUUGGGUUCGGGCCAUUCGAGCUGCCACCCCAGUGGCUGCCGGAGACCAGGAACAGUAAAAAGAGGCUCCUCCCACCGCUAGGGAACACCCCAGAGGAACUGAUCCAAACCAAACAGCCACGUCCAAGGCCAGAACGACGAAUCAGCAGGAACAACAAGGUCAGCACCUUCCCCACAUCGACCCCUGAACUAUAAACCCCGACCUUUGAACUGAUGGCCCCUGAUCACAGCUAUGGGCGGAGGUCAGCAUGUGGGUGAUUUGUGAUCCGUUUUGUGUCAAUGACUGGGUACAAAGUCAGUGGAGGAAACCAAUUAUCUGACCAACCUCCUGAUCAACCACCUGACCAACCUCCUGACCAACCACCUGAUCAACCAUCUGACCAACCUCCUGACCAACCAUCUGACCAACCACCUGACCAACUAUCUGACCAACUAUCUGACCAACCACCUGACCAACCACCUGACCAACUAUCUGACCAACCACCUGACCAACUAUCUGACCAACCACCUGAUCAAUCACCUGACCAACCACCUGCCCAAAGGCCCCCUGUAAGAGAGAACAGAAAGUACAACUCCAGAGCUCGAUGAGUCUGUCUCAUUGUUGAUUCUCUCUGUCGUGUAAUGCAGUGGUUCCCAAACUUUUUAUAGUCCCGUACCCCUUCAAACAUUCAACCUCCAGCUGUAUCCCCUCUAGCACCAGGGUCAGCACACUCUCAAACGAUGUUUUUUGCCAUCAUUGUAAGCCUGCCACACACACACACACACACACACACACACACACACACACACACACACACACAC